AGGAGCACUUGAACACAGCACGAGAUCUCGCUGGCUGUCAUGGCGUCUCCCCUGAAGGGUUAGCAGCUGGAGAAACUAGCCGCUGUUAUUCAUCAGGUUUCUGCUGAUUGAAGAGCAGCUAACGGACUGAAGAGGCGGAUAGGAGAAGAGAGAGACCAUGGGGACUGUCCAUGCUAAGAGUCUGGACCCGCUCCCGAUGCAUGGCCGGGACCUGGGCGUCCACCCUGAUGACCUGGUGGAGCCUCCAGAACCGGAGCAGGAGUCCAAGCAGGAGAUCCUCGAAAACAAAGAUGUGGUCGUCCAGCACGUUAACAUCCAGGGUCUUGGGAGAACUAAAGAGGAUCUGCUCGGCUAUGAGAUCUCUGAGGUUUUCCACGCCAAAAACCUCAUUGAUGUGAUGAAAAAAUCUCACAUCGCCAGACAGAGGCUGCUCCGCCUGGGAAUCUUCAAAGAGGUGGAGGUUCUCAUCGAUACGUCUGACGGCAACGAUGCUUUGCCCAACGGCCUGGAUGUGACUUUUGAGGUGACGGAGGUUAAGAGGCUGACGGGAAGCUACAACACCAUGGUUGGCAACAAUGAAGGAAGCAUGGUUCUGGGUCUGAAGUUGCCCAACAUGUUCGGUCGAGCUGAGAAACUCACCUUCCAGUUCUCCUACGGGACCAAGGAGACGUCAUACGGCCUGUCCUUCUUCAAGCCCCAGCCCGGACACUUUGAACGCAACCUCACCCUCAACAUGUACAAAGUCACCGGUCAGUUCCCGUGGAGCUCCUUAAAAGAGACCGACAGAGGAGGGUCUGCAGAGUUUAACUUUCCUCUGGGGGUGACCAACCACACGUUGAAGUGGGAGGGCGUCUGGAGGGAGCUGGGCUGCCUGGCACGCAGCGCCUCCUUCGCCGUGAGAGAGGAGAGCGGACACUCACUGAAAUCUGCCCUCUCGCACACCGUGUCGAUCGAUUCAAGGAAUUCUGCCAUUUUCCCCAACAGGGGUGCCUUACUCCGGAUCAACCAGGAACUGGCCGGGUACACAGGAGGAGACGCCAGCUUCUUGAAAGAGGAUUUUGAGCUGCAGCUCAACAGACGUCUCUUCUGGGACUCAGUCUUAUCUGCUUCUCUGUGGGGGGGGAUGCUUUAUCCCAUCGGAGGACCGCCGUCCUGCAUCGCUGACAGGUUCUACCUUGGAGGUCCCACCAGUGUACGAGGGUUUGGGAUGUACAGCAUCGGGCCACAGAGUGAAGGUGACUAUCUGGGUGGAGAGGCGUACUGGGCUGGUGGUCUGCACCUCUACACUCCGCUGCCCUUCAGACCCGGCAAGGGCGGCUUCGGGGACCUCUUCAGAACACACUUCUUCCUCAACGCAGGAAACCUCUGCAACCUCAACUACGGUGAAGGACCCCGGGCUCACCUUCAGAAGCUAGCAGAGUGUAUCCGCUGGUCGUACGGCGCCGGCAUCGUGCUGCGGCUCGGGAACAUCGCCAGACUGGAGCUCAACUACUGUGUGCCCAUGGGAGUUCAGAGUGGAGACAGGAUAUGUGACGGCGUCCAGUUUGGAGCAGGAAUCCGCUUCCUGUGACCUCAUCAUCACUCCACCACCCUCAGAACUCCAGCACCAGCAGAGGCUGCGAUGUGAAAAGGGAGAACGUCUUGUUGUUUAUCACCUGUAUAACUUGUUGUAGAGUGUGUAACACUAUAGCAUGGGUCCUAAUGUCCCGGGGAAACGUGCCUGACCACCCCCCCCCCCCCCCCCCAAACCCUCCUUUGAUAUGCACCGGUCGAGGCUUUUCAACAACAGAGGGCCGGCGCUGGGUUGAUAAACACUAGUGAAACUUUUUACAGAGCAAACGGAUGGACCGGGCUUCAGAGCCCAGAGGAACCAGAUUGACAUGAACGCAACUACGGCAAAAAUACAAUCAUGGAGAUUUUUUUAUUUACAACUUCAUUCUCUUCAGUAGACGGUUGAAUUAUGGUUUAGUUUUGGUUUGAAUCCUCCAGCGCCGGCACCUCGUGUGUGUGGAAAGGUCCUCUCCUGGUGAUUUCACCCUCUGUGUGACAAAGUAAAUUAUUUUCCAGAAGAGAUUUUGGGCAUGUUCCCUGUUUGCCUUCCAGGACUGCUCCUUUAACCCGGGAGCACGACUUGUUAUUGAUUUUGUUUGACAGUAAAACCACACACACUCUCUCGUGACCUUUAUUUGAGUUUUGAGUUGUACUCCAUUAUGUGAUUGAAUGAUGCAGCAGCAGCGAAGGAAUGAACCGAGAGAAAGCAGCACUUUUUAAAUGGAAGCGGCGGUGUUGGAAGGGAAUCGACCCCUCGUGCCAAAUGUUGUUGUCUGAUGUGGAGAACGGCGGGUCGAUCUCUCGAGGUGGGAACCCCCUCCCCCCCUGAGCAACAUCCACCACCAGUGCUCUUACCGUUAGUCCUCUUUUUGAUGUUGUUGAAGAUAUUCACCAAUAAAUCACAGCUGCUCCCUCUUUG